UUAGCAGAAGUCAAAGUAAAUAUGUUUACCUAAAAAAAAAACUUAAAACUCCCCGUAUUCUCUCUAGAAAAACCAGAUCUAGGGUAUGACGGCGGUCGACUCCGGUGGCUCUCACAGCACCGGAGUCGAAUUUCUUUGCUUUGUUGUUGUGUUCUCUGGUUGUCCUCUGAAGGUGUGGUGAGGAUCCGACUUGUUGGAUGGGUGUGAAGAUUCCGGCGUGGAGGAGCGUGGUGGCGCGUGAAGUUCGUUUACAGAGCCCUACGGCUAAAGGCGGGUCUUUUCUAGAUAAUGAAGACGUGUACGGUUGGUUUCUCACCGGCAUCAGAGUUUGUUUCUCCUUUUAAUCUCUAGAUCUACUGGUCUUGGCGCAGGACUUGUGCUUAAAGAGUAUGGAGCCUCUUCUCCCUAUGGUCUCUGCGGUAUCUAUCCUAUAGUGGGUCUGUUCUCGCUCACCUUUGAAGUUGUUCGUUGUUAAGGUUUCGUUUAGUUUGUGGUUUUUCCGCUAGUCUUCUGAGAUUGAUCUUGAUUGAUCUGUCAUGGAGUUUAGAAGCUGGCUUUGCUGCGAUACAACAACGGUGUAGCUGAACAAUAGUGGUGUGUGGAGAGCAGCUGAAGGUUAUUGUCGAGAAGAAGAGUUGGUUCAGGUUACGUCUCAAUCUCCCAGGUUCGAGAGAAUUCAUCUCCUGCCCUUUGAAUAAAUGCCAUUUCUAGGUUGUCCUCGGCCUCUGGAUUUCCUCAGUGGCUUCUUCGUGUUGAAGCAAUAGAAAGAGGUGGUGGUUUUGAGGCUCCGGAUGAAGGUGCGGUUGAGUUGUGAGUUUUCUUGGGUGUUGUUUCGUUAAUGUUUUUGUCUUGGUUUCACAGUGUUGGUGUAUGGUCAUCGUGAACGGGUGGUUUAGAUGAGGGUUCCUGCUCUUCACAAAGUUCUUCUAUGGUUCAUGCUCUUUUUCUGUGUGUGCGAAGACGAUGAGUUCCUCUGGAAUAGAAAAAGGUGUUGUUACUACAGAGGUCGAGGCGCCGAGGGGGAAUAGAAGCCGGUUUGCUUUUGCAUGUGCAAUCUUAGCCUCCAUGACUUCAAUCAUCCUUGGUUACGACAUUGGAGUGAUGAGUGGAGCUGCAAUUUUUAUAAAAGAAGAUUUGAAACUGUCAGACGUACAGCUUGAGAUACUUAUGGGAAUUUUAAACAUCUACUCUCUGGUAGGUUCAGGCGCCGCGGGUAGAACUUCUGAUUGGAUUGGGAGGCGAUACACCAUAGUGUUGGCAGGAGCCUUCUUCUUUUGUGGUGCCCUUCUCAUGGGGUUUGCCACAAAUUAUCCUUUCAUUAUGGUUGGCCGUUUUGUAGCUGGUAUUGGCGUCGGUUAUGCUAUGAUGAUUGCACCGGUUUACACAGCUGAAGUUGCUCCUGCUACUUCUCGUGGUUUUCUCAGCUCUUUCCCUGAGAUAUUUAUCAACAUUGGUAUACUUCUUGGGUACGUAUCAAAUUACUUUUUCUCCAAGCUUCCGGUGCAUCUUGGGUGGCGGUUCAUGUUAGGUGUCGGAUCAAUUCCCUCGGUGUGCCUAGCCAUCGGAGUGUUGGCAAUGCCCGAGUCUCCGAGAUGGCUAGUCCUCCAGGGUCGCCUUGGGGAUGCUUUUAAAGUUCUUGACAAAACCUCAAACACCAAAGAAGAGGCCAUCUCUAGACUCAAUGACAUCAAACGGGCUGCCGGAAUCCCCGAGGACAUAACAGACGAUGUUAUUGUUGUUCCCAACAGGAAGAGUGCCGGAAAAGGCGUGUGGAAGGAUCUUCUUGUCCGACCAACCCCUGCUGUCCGACAUAUCCUAAUAGCAUGCCUCGGUAUCCAUUUCUCUCAGCAAGCCUCCGGUAUUGAUGCGGUCGUCCUUUACUCUCCAAGCAUCUUCCAAAAGGCUGGACUGAAAUCCAAGAACGACCAGCUCUUGGCAACUGUCGCUGUUGGAGUUGUCAAAACACUCUUUAUCGUUGUAGGGACUUGCGUGGUCGACCGGUUUGGACGUCGUGCCUUGUUGCUCACGAGUAUUGGCGGAAUGUUUCUUUCCUUGACCGCACUUGGGACUAGUCUUACAGUCAUCGACAGAAAUCCAGGACAGACGCUCAAGUGGGCUAUUGGGCUUAGCGUUACGACAGUAAUGACAUUUGUAGCAACAUUCUCAAUAGGUGCCGGCCCAGUGACGUGGGUCUACUGCUCAGAGAUAUUCCCUGUGAGGCUAAGAGCUCAAGGGGCAAGUUUGGGAGUGAUGUUGAAUAGAUUGAUGAGUGGUAUUAUCGGAAUGACAUUCCUAUCGCUUUCUAAAGGUUUAACCAUUGGUGGUGCAUUCCUUCUAUUUGCCGGAGUUGCUGCCGCUGCAUGGGUCUUCUUCUUUACUUUUCUUCCAGAGACACGAGGUAUGCCUUUGGAAGAGAUGGAGAGUCUUUUCGGGAGCUACACUGCAAACAAGAAGAAAAAUGUUACGGAGGAAGGUACAGAAGUGGUUGAGGAACACUGAUAAGUAAUAAUGAAAUAUGUUGUUGUGAGUAUUGGGGACGUUUCAUAAAUUAAAUACAAAAAUAACAUGUGUAAAUAAUGUAUGUAUCCAUCUAGCUCAACUUAUUAACUAAGUUCAACUUUAUUUUAAUGAGAAUUUGAGUUCU